AUGGUGAUUCCUUCUCGUGGUCUGCAGCCAUCGGUGAUCCAAUUGCAUGAACCCGUACCAGGAUAUGUUAUAGAGGGCGUUUCUGUGGAAUUCCCUUACAGGCCCUACUUCCCACAGAUCGGCGUCAUUAGAAUAGUCCUGAGGACACUCUGUAGAACAGAGGCAGCUAGUUCAUUACACUCGCUGAUCGAGGUUCCUGCCGGUAUUGGAAAAUCAUUAGCCCUUCUUUGUGCGGCUCUUAGUUGGCAACAACGUCUCAAGGACAAUUCACAUUCUCAAGCACCAGCUUCAGGUACUUCAUUUCGUUCUGCUCUUACCGACUUGAACCCAUAUACAGCGCCACCUGCUGCAAAUAAUGCGAACAAGAUACCUGCCAUCUAUUAUGCGUCGAGGACACAUGCACAACUUUCUCAAGUUGUCGGGGAAUACCAAAAGACAGGUUUGAUAAUGGCUGUACUGGACUUACGAAAACACUGCUGUACAAAUGAGAACUUACAAGGUCAUGCCGACAUUGAUAUGGAAUGCAAGGGGUUAUUAAAGAAUUGGGAGGCUGGGUGCUCAGAAUUCAAAAAUAUUCAAAAAGUCAAAGACGAUUCAACUCUUAAGAAAGGAGGGUGCUACGAGGUUCAUGCUAUUGAAGACCUUGUUCAAGUUGGGAAGCAUGUUAAAGCAUGUUCCAUGGCUAAUGAUGCGGAGUUAGUGUUCUGUCCAUACAGCUAUAUCAUCAAUCCAGUUAUUAGGAGAGCAUUGGACGUAAAUAUAGAAGGAAGCAUUCUUAUCAUUGACGAAUCCCACAAUAUAGAAGACAUUUGUCAUGAUGUUGGUAGUGUUGAUGUUGGCAUGAAGUGUUUGAAUGCUUAUAGAGCUUUUCCAUCAGUUUGUAUUUCCAUGAAUUUUGCAGAACAUAAAGUGUUGGAUGCAAGUUCAAGAUCAUUCUUUGCGCAUGCAAAGCUUCACAUGUUGGGCCUCAUGGUGAGUAAUGGUUUGGCUACUGUUCCUGCUUCAGAUGUGAAGUAG